AUGAAGAUCAUCAUUGGCAUUGGCGGAGUCACCAACGGUGGGAAGACCACUUUGACAAACAGGCUGGUGCAGACACUACCAAACUGUUGUGUGGUGCAUCAAGAUGACUUUUUCAAGAAAACCGAUCAAAUAGAAGUCGGGGAGGACGGCUUUAGACAGUGGGAUGUGAUCACAGCCUUGGACAUGGAGUCUAUGGUCAACACUGUGAAAGGCUGGCAGGAGAACCCAGUCAAGUUUGCCCGUUCCCACGGUGUCAACCUGUCACCCGAAGCCGAGGAAUCUAACCCGGAAAAUACGGGACUCCAUAUUCUCAUCGUGGAGGGCUUCCUGCUUUACAACUACAAGCCUCUUCUUGAUAUCUACGACAAGCGGUACUUCCUUGCCAUUCCAUAUGAGGAAUGCAAAAGGAGAAGAAGUACAAGAACAUACACAAUCCCCGACCCCCCCGGUCUGUUCGAUGGCCACGUCUGGCCCAUGUACUUGAAGCACAGGAAAGAGAUGGAGAACAGCGGUGACUGCAUAGAGUAUCUUGAUGGCAGAAAAUCAAGGGACGAGCUCUACAACGAAGUGUACGAGAGCAUUCAGAACUUGCUUCUGAACAACUCAUAGUUAAACGGGGACGGCAUAUGGCCUGUGUAUAGACUUGUAAAUAUUGUGUUGAGUAGCGCGCAACACCAGUGCCACACUUCUUGCCUAAAUGAUUUUUGAUUUGUAAAUAGCUCAUCAUGUAACUUAUUAAGAACUGAUGGCAGAAGCAUUGUCUUUUGUAUAAUCCUGUGUAACUUUUUCUAAAAAAUGAGCCACAGCUGGACAGUCCAGUGUUAACAUGCAGAACGGGUCUCAGCAUUGACCUUGUAUGAAAUCACCCACACUGGGAAAACAGAUCUGUGU